CGAUUCAAGUACGUUUCAGUGCAAAUAUCAGUCGUAGCUAAUAUCAUAUAUGCUCCCAUGUCGUGAAGUCAAGAGAAGUUUCCUGACGUCGACAGGCACUUCAGAUCUCAUCCCUCUCUCACAGAUACCCAUUCCCUCCCCUCCCCUCUCCAGUGUUCGUUCCAGUGGGUGAGUGAGUCAGUAGAGUGCGACAGGCAGCUCUCCCUUGAAGUAUCCCUCUUCCCGCUUGGGCGACCCAACCUUGGUCUGCAGCUCACCAGCCGUGUACAGCUUGAGCAAGUCGUCGUGGUCACCCACCCACUGCCCGUCCUUCAUCAACAUCGGACCUCUUCGACGCCGGCUGGACAGGCAGACAGACAAGAGGUAUGACACAAUCCGUCAGUGCCCAUGUGAUGUGUGUCGGCAUCUGACUAUACCUGGAAGUGAUAGCAUAUCCGAGAAGGGCUGGGUGCUGCGUGACAUCGAUGGCCAUAAGAGGCACGGCCUGCACCUGGGUGAGCAUCUUGACCACGUUGAGGCUCAGCUCACUGCGCGGGGCGUCUGGUGUGCCCUCCAUGAAGAGCACCAGUGCAUUGUCGCGUGUGGUCCUGGCCAUCUCCUGGUCCACUGCCGCCUUGUUGGUCUGGUACUCCUUGAGCGCCACGUCGGCGUACUUAUCGUACAGGGCGGCAGCUGACGCCAGCAAAGGAUGGGUCGACAAAGAGCGGGAGAAUUUGGCAGAUCCAGCUCCAGCCUGGCGCACUGAGCAACGUAAUGCGCUCCUCAACCCCAGCAUCU